AUGUUUCUCACAAGAACUGAGUAUGAUAGAGGAGUCAACACUUUCUCUCCGGAAGGCCGAUUGUUUCAAGUAGAAUAUGCCAUUGAAGCUAUCAAGUUGGGUUCAACAGCAAUAGGGUUAAAAACUAAGGAAUGGGUGGUUCUUGCAGUUGAAAAGCGCAUUACCUCGCCACUUCUGGAGCCUUGCAGCGUUGAGAAAAUUAUGGAAAUUGAUGAUCAUAUCGGUUGUGCCAUGAGUGGCUUAAUUGCUGAUGCACGUACUCUGGUUGAACAUGCACGAGUUGAAACUCAGAAUCAUAGGUUCUCAUAUGGUGAGCCCAUGACUGUUGAGUCCACUACACAAGCUCUCUGUGAUCUAGCCCUGCGAUUUGGUGAGGGUGACGAAGAAUCUAUGUCUAGACCUUUUGGUGUGUCUCUUCUCAUUGCUGGUCAUGAUGAGAAUGGACCCAGCUUAUACUAUACCGAUCCUUCUGGUACUUUCUGGCAAUGCAAUGCAAAAGCCAUUGGAUCAGGAUCUGAAGGUGCUGACAGUUCUUUGCAGGAGCAGUACAACAAGGAUCUUACCCUGCAAGAAGCAGAAACCAUUGCGCUUUCCAUCCUGAAGCAAGUGAUGGAAGAAAAGGUUACACCCAACAAUGUUGAUAUUGCCAAGGUCGCACCAACCUACCAUCUGUACUCGCCUUCUGAGGUUGAAGAGGUUAUCACCCGCCUAUGA